AUGGCCUCCUCUGUUUUAUCCCUCAUAUUCUCUCUCCUCUCCAUCUCCCUCCUCCCCUCUCUCUCCUCCUCCGCCCUCCUCCUCCCCUUGUCCCGCUCCCUCCCCAACUCCUCCUCCCCCCACCACCUCCUCCGUUCCGCCGCCACCCGCUCCUCCGCCCGCUUCCACCGCAGCCGCCGCCACGUCUCCCUCCCCCUCUCCUCUGGCUCCGACUACACCCUCUCCCUCACCCUCGGCGGCCACCUAGUCUCUCUCUAUAUGGACACCGGCAGCGACCUCGUCUGGAUCCCCUGCCGCCCCUUCCAAUGCAUCCUCUGCGACGGCAAGCCCGCCGCCGCCGCCCCGCCGCUAAACCUCACCUCCGCCGUCCCCGUCCCCUGCCACUCCCCUGCCUGCUCCGCCGCACACUCCUCCCUCCCCCAGUCCGACCUCUGCGCCGCCGCCGGCUGCCCCCUCGACGCCAUCGAGACCGGUGGCUGCGGCCGCCGCCCCUGCCCCCGCUUCUACUACGCCUACGGCGACGGCAGCCUCGUCGCCAACCUCUACUCCGACGCGCUCGCCGUCCCACCCUCGGCGGCGCUCCGGCUGCCGGCCUUCACUUUCGGCUGCGCCCACACCACCCUCGGUGAGCCAGUCGGCGUAGCCGGUUUCGGACGGGGGGACCUCUCCCUGCCGGCCCAGCUCGCCGCCGCCUCCCCGGACAUCGGCAACUACUUCUCCUACUGCCUGAUCGCGCACCCGUUCGAUGCGGGUCGGGCCUCCAAGCCCAGCCCGCUAAUCCUCGGCCGGCGGCGAGAUGCCGAGGAUGAGAAGCUGAAAAAUAAAUCGGCUGGCGAAUUCGUCGGCGGCUACGCCUUCACGCCGAUGCUCGACAACCCCAAGCACGCCUACUUUUACUGCGUGGGGCUGGAGGCGGUGACCGUAGGAAAAAGAAGGAUUCAGGCGCCGAUCAGCCUCCGGAGAGUCGACCGGAGGGGCGACGGAGGGAUGGUGGUUGACUCAGGGACCACGUUCACCAUGCUUCCUAGGGAGUUAUACCGGACAGUGGUAGAGGAGUUCGUCGCCGGCGUCGGGGGGGCCCGCCGGCGGGCGACGAAGGUGGAGGAGCGUACCGGGCUCCAGCCGUGCUUCUACGGGCGGGCCGGGGAGAGGCCACUGGGCGGUGUUCCAAGUCUGGUGCUGCAUUUCGCGGGGAAUUCGAGCGUAGGUUUGCCGAGGAGGAAUUAUUUCUACGAAUUUUCCGACGUGGACGCGCGGCGGGAGGUGGGGUGCUUGAUGGUGAUGGACGGCGGGGAGGAGGCGGAGAGGGGCGGAGGGCCGGCGGGGCUGUUGGGGAACUACCAGCAGCAGGGGUUCGAGGUGGUGUAUGACCUGGAGGAGAAGCGGGUCGGGUUUGCAAGGCGGCGGUGCGGGUCGAUGUGGGAUGCGUUGAACUAG